GGUGGGUGCUGAGGAGUCUGCGUUUCAUGAUCGGUCAUUUUACUGAUUCAACCGAUCAGAACGUCUACGCGCGCCGAUCGCUCCUCGUCUAUAGCCGUUGGGUUUUAAAUGUUUUACAUGUUCCGAACGUGGGGUACGUAGCCUUGGAAAAGUAGAGAAACACUCAGGUUAUAAUCUACAUAUGUGAUACCAGCAGUUGGAACCAGAUGGGCCAAGAUGUGUGCACAGGAGCUUAAUGUUUUGCCUUGGUAAAGUUAUGUUGUAUGGUCAGUCCACAGCAGGUCAGCCAAGGAAAAACUAUUAGCUAGCUUGUGUUCCUGAUCAAAAAUCAAAAGGCAUUCAUACAUUAUUGAAAUGGAUGGAGUUUGUUUUGUUCCAUGUGUAACAUGGAUUAAAAGAGGUGUCAGCAAAGAAAGGCCAGACAAGGUUGAACUUACAAAAGAAGACUUGGCACAAAUCAUAGAAGACACCAGAGGCAAACUGAGAGAUGUUGAAAUGUCUCAGUCUGCAACUGUGGAAGAUGAUGGUGAUGAGGAGGGUGGUGAUCAUGCAGAAGAUUUGGAUGAAUCUAGAAGACCACAACAGGCCAGUGGUGAUGUUUAUGACAUGGAGCAUUAUGACGACGAUGAGGAUGAAGGCGAGCAAAACGUGCUGGCGCUGGGCCAGAUGGCCGAGUUCGCCAGCAACGCGGACGACCCGUACGUGACCCGCGCCGACGCGGACGAGUCGGACAGCGAGGCCGAGGACCUGCAGGUGCGACGCGACGAGAACCUCAUCAUCACUGGCCUGGUGGACGGCGAUGCCAGCACGCUUGUCUUCCACGUAUUCAACGAGGAGCAGGGCUCGAUGUACGUUCACCACGACAUUCUCCUAUCGUCAUUUCCCAUCUGCGUCGAAUGGCUCAAUUACGACCUCGACCAGAGCACGCCAGGUAACCUGGUGGCAGUGGGCUCGAUGUCGCCCGUGAUCGAGGUGUGGGACGUGGACGUUAUCAACUGCUUCGAACCGGCCUACAAGCUGGGCAAGCGAGGCAAGAAGAAGAUCAAACUGGGCCUGGGCCACAGCGACGCCGUGCUCAGUCUGGCAUGGAACCGGCACAUCGGUCACGUGCUGGCCAGCGGCUCGGCGGACCACUCGGUGCUGCUCUGGGACCUGGAGACGCAGAAGAAGGCGUCCCAGCUGGACUGCCGGGAGAAGGUGCAGACGGUGGCCUGGCACCCGCGCGAGCUGGACCGCCUCCUGUCGGCAGACUGCGCCGGGGACGUGCGCGUCUGGGAGUGCCGGGCUGGCGAGAGCAGGCGCUGGCGGCUGGGCGGGGAGGUGGAGCGGGCCGUUUGGGACCACUUCAGCCCCACCGGCGUCCUGGCCUCAACUGACGACGGCAAGCUGCAUUACAUCGACACUCGGACAGAGAAGAAGCCCCUGUGGAGCAUCCAGGCGCACGAGGAUGCGUGUACAGGUCUGGCGCUCAGUCCGGAGGUGCCAGGCUGUCUGGCGACGGUGUCGGCCGACCGCACGCUCAAGGUGUGGGACGUGUCGUCGGAGCCGACCGCGCCGGUGGCCGCGCGGCCGCUCAAGCUCGGUUCCCUCCACUGCGUCGCCUUUUGCCCCGACCUGCCCUGGAUGCUGUGCGCCGGUGGCGACAACAAGGAGAACUCCUUCCGGCUCUGGGACGUGCGGGAGAGCGCGGAAGUGCGGGACCGGUUCGGCGCCCGCCCGCUGACCCGCGUGCUCCCCGAGCCGGAGAGUGCGGCGCCGGCCGCCGCCAGUGCCAUGGAGACGGACGUUGCCGCGCAGCAGCUGGCCGAAAUGAGCGGCACCCUCAUCGCCGGCGUGAUGGCUUCCUGUCAGGUCACCUCGUCGCCGGCGUGA